UCGAUUGUGUAUUCGUUUAUUGUAGUCGCUAAGCCAUGCCCGUAGACACUCCCCACUACUAUAUUCGUCUUGUUUGCCAUAGCAGUGGCGUAGUGUGGUCUGGCUAAACUGGUUUGGUUCGUUUAGCAAAUCUCUUACUCUUUUCUCGGCUCUCUCCUUUGAAGUUUUGCCGUUUUAGAGGGAUGAUACAUUGGCAUGGCGGUGAUUGGGAGAGAGCACGGGGGCAAUGAUGUGAGUGAUUAUAUUUUGAUUGCAUUGCUCACUGUGGUUGGUUGUACUGCAUUGCUCACUUAGUACAAUAACCGACACGCCGUCUGUUGGUCUGCUGUAAGAGUGAUUUUGUUUUAUGUGAGUCGGGCUCUUCGUUUGUUUUGCUUCGGGUCUGUCGUUAUCUUCGCUUCAAACUCACUGCAAAGUAGCCACUGCAACUCACGUAUUCGUAUUCAGCUUUAGAUGGUAAUUCGCCAGACCGGUCAAAACUUGGAGAGCGCGCUUACAUUCCGUGUUGUUGCUUUUGCUAAAGCUUAUCAGAAGAGUAGUAUUUGUGCGGCGAUUAUUAACGCGAGCUCGUGCAGUUAUUUUACCGUCGCUGAAGCCUUUGAUAUGUCGAAUCGGGCUAUUUACAUAAAAAUAAGCUUCGCAGCAAAAAUAAUGUCUUUAAUGAACACUCGUUCAAUAUUAAGUAUUUUGUGUUUACCAGUUCAAAAUUAGUUAUAUUAUUCAAAUUCCGUUUAUCAUGAUAUGAUAUUGAAUAUUAAAAAAACACAGUUAAUACUGGCACAGACGUUUAAUACAUAAAUAACGCAAGACUUCCAGUAUUCAAAUAAUGCCUAGGCCCUCACGUGAAUCCUACGGUGAUCAGAAGCCUCCAUAUUCAUAUAUAUCGCUGACAGCAAUGGCUAUUUGGAGCUCACCAGAAAAAAUGUUACCGUUAAGCGAUAUAUAUAAAUUCAUAACCGACAGGUUUCCAUACUAUCGAAAAAACACCCAACGAUGGCAGAACUCACUGAGACACAAUUUAAGUUUCAACGAUUGUUUCAUUAAAGUACCGCGACGGCCAGACAGACCCGGAAAGGGGGCCUAUUGGGCUCUUCAUCCACAAGCCUUCGACAUGUUUGAGAAUGGAAGUUUGUUACGACGAAGAAAGCGUUUCAAGUUACAUAAGAAUGAUAAAAAUUUACUCAAUGAAGAGUUGACAGCACUAGCGAAUAUUAAUCGAUUUUUCUUCACCGCCCGAACUGGGAGUAAUAUUUCUCAAAUGCCCACGCUGGACGUAAGCAAUACAACUAUGAAUGUGGAGUCUUCCGUGGUUUUAUCACACUCUUCAAAUCGUUUAUCACCAUCACCAGCAAUGGCACAACAUUGCCCUUUGCCCCCUGGACAUAGUGCAACAUUAUCACAAUCUAGGCACAAUUCUUUAACUAACGGCGAAAAUACUCAUUUGACCGAAAUAACCAGGCGCAAUCAGCGCUCGCCGGCAAAUUUCGAACUUGAAGGCAUCAAUAGUUAUCGACCAAAACGAUUGUUUACAAUAGAAAGCCUUAUUACACCUGAUAAGCCUGAGCAACUCUCAGAGGAUGAAGAUGAUGACGAUGAUCGCACUGACAUCGAUGUUGUGGAAUGCGGAAGCUCUUACACUAAACUAACUGAUUAUCCACGAAAAUCGGAUGAAUGUCUGCCAAUAGCUAUGCCCACUCGUUAUGAGGAUCAGCGUCAACGCCCACUACCUCCACUACAUACAAUAACAGCUUCUGCCCAUCUACCAUUCCUUCAUUAUGCCGCUGGUGUCAACGUAUCUGGUCUAAGUUCUAGUGGCAUACAGUCUUCAGGAAUUCCCACAAUGACGUAUGAUUUAGCUCUGGCCCAUCCGCUUUUAAUGAUGUCAGCACCAAUUGGAAAUAUAAACAGCAGUUAUUGUAAUAAUUUCUCAAUUAUACCACCGUCACAAACAUACCGAGGUCCGGAAGCUCAAAAUAGAGUAAGCUCUGGUAUGCGAACGAUAUAAAAAUUAUUCCUUAGAAUGAUUCCUAUGCCUAGUGAAAAAAAUAAAAAAAAUCUAUCCAAUGCUGUUGAUGUACAUACAAUUAGUUCCUUUUGUAGUAAGGUUUAUGAUAUUAAUUUUAACAUAUAGAUCAUAUUUAAAAAUUUAUAAAUUCUCAAAUUCUACUUAAGCGAUGUCUGACGCCCAUGAUGAGAAAAUGCUAUAUAUAUUAUAAUUUAAAAUAUAAAUAUUUUUUAAAACAAUUUUAAUUUCAUUUUUAAUGUCAUCUAUUAUAAAU